AUGAAUGCAAUCAUAUCUCCAACAUGGCAGUCUGCGCUUUACGACCCUUUGGUUGAGGGUCUGCAGACUGUCGUCUCAAGCUAUUCUGACAGAACACACCUUAUAUUUGAAGCACAUACAAAUAUGCCGCUGUACUCACCGUCACACCUCCUACGAAGCACGCCCCGCAAUACAACUCCCAACCCGGCGUCACAGUGUUCUCAAUCUCCAUCUCUAAAACAGAAGGCGCAUGAGGAGGCCGAUCCCCUGUCAUCAUCUGACGGCGAGCACAUGGAGACCCGUUCGUGA